AUGUCACCCGAGAGCUACCCCGUUGAGGAAAAGGCGCUGAGCGAAGCACUAGCACAGGUUGUGCGCCAGCGUGCAGAGCGCACGCCUUCCCUUUCACGAAGUCCGCGGCCAGACUCUGUGGACUGGCGGUGUCAAAUCUUCUACCAUGGCCUCAGUGAGGAGGAAAUCGAUGACUUUCGCAGCACCAUCGAAGACCCACAAUACUGGGCCACAGAAGCCGAAUGGCGUUUCUCGAGGCUCGUCCGCUGGAAUCCGCGCAAAGUAGCACACCUGCUCAAGAACCUUGCGGAUCAAGGCGCCGGCCCCUACACGCAAGGUCUACAAUCAAGGAUCAAAGCUACUAGAAAUGCGAGAGAGAGCAUCAGAAGCGGAAAGCCCAUCUGA